AGGCAUCCGAACAUACCUGUGUGAAGGUCACGCGGUUAUAGAACAUCCUCCAAAUAGUUUAUAUCUCGUUACAUACUUUUUUCCUAUAGAAUAGGGGAAAAAUUCGAGUUAAUUUCAAACAGAUUUGAUAAAAGUCAUAUAUAAAAAGUCCUUAUUAAUUAUUUGAAUUAUAUAAAAGAAAAGGUGACAAAUCUAAUAUUAAUGACAGGAACGGCAUCUUUUUUUUUUUUUUUUCCUUAGAAUUCUUCCUGUCAUACAUAUCCUAAUAAUUUAGCAUUGUUUAAAAAACUUUUAAAAACAGGAUACUAUAGUAGGCCAAGGUAUUUAACACUGCGAAUAAUAAAAAUUAUCCCCCCCAGUUCUCAUCAGUCGAACAGGUUACCUUUUUUUUAUAUAUAUAUAUUCUCAUUUAAAAAAAAAAAAAAAGAGCAUUUCCCUUAUUUUUCAUCGUAGGGAUGUGCACGUGUUCGAUCAGUUUAACAAACACAGGCUACAUCAAACGGCAUUUUUUUUUUUUAGAGUCUCGAAUUUCUAUUUUUUUCAGGUGUGUGUGUGUGUGUGUGUGUGUUCGCAGGUAGGCGUCACGUGACGAAACCAGUGUCGGGAUUGGUUUCUAUGUUGGAAGUGUGUGGUUAAAGGUAGAAGGGUAUCGUGUAGUUUUGAUGUUGGUGUUAAAGAUGGAAGAAAGGGUUAUGGAUUAUGGAUAACGAAUCACCUCAGAGAAAAAUGAGGAUUUUCAAAAAACGAAAUCCUUCCCCGCCUCGUUUGGUACGUCUGUCGGUUAUAUCGACCGAUUCGAAUAAAAAUCACGACAAAAACUGUUGCAUCUCGACUCCCGACUCCGAUCGAAAAUACGCCAGUGGACACUCCCUCCGGGGUUUGUCUGUUCUGCGGAUGAACCGGAAAUACAGUAGGGGACCGAGGAAAUAUUGUCUACCAGAUGAUAGCCAGAAUUACGAGAGUGAUAAGUGGCAGAUGCAGGAGACUUAUAGCCAGAGCUUAGAGUGUUUACGCGAUGUUGGCCUUAGCUGUGGCGACAUGUAUCGGAGCGUGUCUUCUUCCACCCUACUAGAGGACAGUCUAGCGAGUGAGGUGAUGGCGACUAGUUGCGAGGACCUUCUACAACGCAUGGGUUGUACGGAAGAAGAGGAAGAUACGUCUCACUCCAGGAAUUCGAAAUCGCAGUUGGGUACGGUGUUCGAGGAAGAAGUGUAUUUGGAUCACUUAGCUAGGAAGUGCAAUACUAACGUCACUUACAGCUCACCUAAUGAAGACAUACAGAGUCUGUCCGGCUCCGUUCAUCAGAGGUCCGACGAGUCCGGCUACGAAAGUGACGGUGUUAAAACGUGCGCGGAGGACAGCCCUAAGAUCAAACAAAGCGAAGAGUUUGUAUCGGAGUCGGUCACCCCCAAUUUACACAAGUUUCUGUCGCUGCUACAAAAGUUAAAAACGGCAGGGAAGAAUACGAAAUGCGACGACAAGGUGACGAACAGAAGACCUUCCUUUUCGCAAUUGAUAGGAAGGGAUAAAACCAAGGAUACGGGUAUUAGUAAUAAUACUAGUAAAGUCAACGCUAAAUCGAAACUCAGCCAGUUUAAAGCGUGGACACUGGAUACCAAAUUACUCAAGACUAAAUUAAAGAAAGAUUCCGCGCAACUAUCCAAUAAUAUCGACGUUAAUACUCUAAAUAAACGCAGCAGCCUGUUCCAAUCUUCUCUAUUCCCAGAAGAGAAGGAAGUUAGACCCCCUCCCGUGUCCGAAAACACCACGGCAGCUUGUGGAGAUCUAAACUAUCAGCUUAAAAUGAAGAAGAAAGGUUGUAAUAAAAUACACAGUGUUUCGACAGACAUUAGAAGGCGGCAAUGGUUAGAAGCCCAAUUAAACGAGUGGUCCUCCGAUUUAGGUUAUGGAACAAAGACCAUCAGAUUAGAGAAGGAUCAGAAUGGAGAUUUGGGAUUAUAUAUAACGGGACGUAUCGAUUCUUUAGGUGGAAUCAUGGGCUACGUUAUUGUUGGAUUAGAGAAGGAUGGUCCCGCCGACAGAUCGGGUGUUUUGCACGAAGGGGACGAAUUAUUAGCUGUAAAUGGACAUAAACUACAAGGAAUGGGUUUACAAGAGGCUUGUCAACUGUUGAAAUCGGCAGAAGGCUCAGUGUGUCUUGUCGUUUCAGAAAAGGAAAGGAGAUCGAGAGUAGAAAGUGUAUCGAGAUCUCAACACGAACAGUAUUUGUCUCGUGCUAGCACCCUGUCUUUACAUGCGAGUUAUAUAGAAACAGAUUCCAAUCAGACGACAACAGAUGCCCUGUGCACUCUACCCAGGAGACCAAAAACCACUCAAACUGUAGUCUUUGAGAAAGGACCAGGGAAGAAAAGUCUAGGUUUUAGUAUUGUAGGAGGAAGGGACUCACCUAAAGGAGAAUUAGGUAUUUAUGUUAAAACACUUUUCCCAGGUGGGCAAGCUGCCGAUUCUGGAAGACUAAAAGAAGGAGACGAAAUUAUGAGUAUAAACGGACAGUCUUUGAGGGGAUGUUCACACGCGGAAGCUAUAGCAGCAUUUAAAAGGAUUAAACAAGGAUCGGUGGUACUACAUAUAUGUCGGAGGACUAAUACUAAAAUGAAUUCCUUGGUAUCCAGGUCAUGUAGAGAAUUGGACACGUUGCGAUAAGCAAACAUUCCCCUUAGAGAUAAAGAAAACGAAAAUAGUAUUACGUGAAGAUAUAUAUAUAUAUAUUGUGUAAUUUCCAUUAUUUUUAUUUUGUUUUGUACAAACGGUUAUUGUGA